AUCUCUCUUGUUUCUUUACUCCGAUAAUGGACAAGUAAUCCUCAGAAUGUGGCAAGCGGGGUCACGAAUAGUUGACUUUUUCUCCUCUAAAUAGAGACCGCCGGCUUCUGAUCCGUUAUUUACGUCACGUUUAACCAAAAACGGAGAGAGGGAGGGAGGGAGAGAGAGAGAGAGAGGGAGGCUCAAUCAUCAUUCUCGCAAAACAGAAGGAAUUGUCAUCAAAGUUUGGUGUUGGUGUCUAAUCUAGCUAUUCACUCGUCAAAUGCUAUUGCUUGCAUAGGUAUAGCCGUCGGUUUUGAGAGAGAGAGAGAGAGAGACGAUGAAGUUUUGCAAGAAAUACGAGGAGUACAUGCAAGAACAGAAUCAGAAAGAAUUACCAUUACCAGGGGUUGGGUUCAAGAAGCUCAAAAAGAUCUUGAAGAAGUGCAGGCGAGACCUUCAUUCCCACGAUGAUCAUGAAAUGCUUAACCUUCAUGAUCCCCAUCAAAUCUCCGCCAAUUGCCCCCACCUUUGCCCCGUUUGCGAUGGAACCUUUUUCCCGUCCUUGCUGAAUGAAAUGUCUGCAGUAGUUGGUUCCUUCAAUGAGAGAGCACAGAAAUUGCUUGAGCUACAUCUGGCUUCAGGAUUCCGCAAGUGCUUCAUGUGGUUCACAGACAAGCUCCAUGGUAACCAUGUUGCCUUAAUUCAGGAAUGCAAGGACCUUGUUAUGUAUGCAAUUUUCAAUGCUGUUGCAAUGCGCAAAAUACUGAAGAAGUAUGACAAGAUUCAUUACUCCAAACAAGGACAAGCAUUCAAAUCGCAAGCCCAAAGUAUGCACCUUGAGAUCCUUCAGUCACCAUGGCUAUGUGAGCUUAUGGCUUUCCACAUAAACAUGAGGGAAACAAAGCCACAGCAAAGGAAGGCCUCCGCAUUGUUUGAUGGAUGCUCCCUUGUAAUCAACGAGGGCAAACCAUCGCUCCAUUGCGAGCUCUUUGAUUCUAUCAAGCUUGAUAUUGACUUGACUUGUUCUGUAUGCUUGGACACAGUAUUUGAUCCAGUCGCUCUGACCUGCGGUCAUAUCUACUGCUAUAUGUGUGCUUGCAAGGCUGCAUCAGUGACCAUUGUGGAUGGAUUAAAGGCUGCCAAUCGCAAGGAGAAAUGCCCUCUCUGCCGAAAUGCUGGACUGUAUGAAGGUGCUGUGCACUUGGACGAACUUAAUAUAUUACUAAGUCGAAGGUGUCCUGAAUAUUGGGAGGAGCGGCUCCAGGUCGAAAGAGUGGAGAGAAUUCAGCAGGCAAAGGAGCACUGGGAGUCCCAGUGCAGGGCAUUUAUGGGUGUCUGAAGUCGCCAUUCUUCUUUCCCGUGGCUGAUAUUAGCUACUUAGCGUGAAUUGUUUCUGAUGUUUUUCUGUGUCUACACCUUGUUUCCCUGCGACUGCAAGGUUGUGUAUGUGCUUUAGAGCUGUAACUUGUAAAGAAUACUUGUGCUUGUGAUUAUGUUUUGGAGUUUUCAACAAGGCUUGUUUAUGCCAUGGUUUUGCCAAGAUGAUAAUAGCAUUUGCCAUGUAAACCAA